AUGUAUCCGUCAAGAAGAGUGAACGACUCCGUGCACUGGUUCAUGAACGAGCUGACGUCUCGGGUGGUCGCGGAGUCGGGGAAACCUUCCGACAGACACCAUCUCGGGAAAAUCCUGCUGCAAAGCCUUAAGGAUGAUCCGGAUUUCGUUUUGCAGAUCGACGGUGCGACCGGCGAAUCAGAAACCAAUGGUUCAGUCCUCGCGAGGACAGUUCGCUGCGCCAUCGCCCUCAAGAGCCGGGGUCUCCGGCGCGGUGACGUCAUCACCCUCAUGGCUCCGAACCACAUCGACCUGACCAUACCGUUCUACGCGGCGCUUUACCUGGGAGUCAUUGUGUCACCUAUUGACACGACCUUGGGUGUUAACGAACUCCAAAGCAACUUUGAAGUGUCCAGACCUAAGGUGGUGUUCUGCCAGAGUGCCCGGGCCCAAGACGUUCAGCAAGCUCUAAAAAAAAUCGAGAAAGAUGCCUUCAUAAUAACCUUCGAUAAGGGUGGCCCGUGCAGUUUCAUAGAAUUUUUGGAGAAAUAUGGAAGUCAAAGUUCUGUUGAAAAGUUCAAACCAACGGACUUCGAUCCUGAAGAUACAAUCGCCAUCCUGAUCGCUACCAGCGGGACCACCGGGUUACCCAAAUGUGCUGCCGCCACUCAUAAGAAUCUCGCUGUCACCGGACCGUACGUAUGGAGACACAAUCACUCCCAGAUAGAGCGCCGCGUAGAACGAAUGUAUCCGUCAAGAAGAGUGAACGACUCCGUGCACUGGUUCAUGGGCGAGCUGACGUCCCGGGUGGUCGCGGAGUCGGGGAAACCUUCCGACAGACACCAUCUCGGGAAAAUCCUUCUGCAAAGCCUUAAGGAUGAUGCGGAUUUCGUUUCGCAGAUCGACGGUGGGACCGGCGAAUCAGAAACCAAUGUUAAAGUCCUCGCGAGGACAGUUCGCUGCGCCAUCGCCCUCAAGAGCCGGGGUCUCCGGCGCGGUGACGUCAUCACCCUCAUGGCUCCGAACCACAUCGACCUGGCCAUACCGUUCUACGCGGCGCUUUACCUAGGAGUCAUUGUGUCACCUAUUGACAUGACCUUGGGUGUUAACGAACUCCAAAGCAACUUUGAAGUGUCCAGACCUAAGGUGGUGUUCUGCCAGAGUGCGCGGGCCCAAGACGUUCAGCAAGCUCUAAAAAAAAUCGAGUUAGAUCCCUUCAUAAUAACCUUCGAUAAGGGUGGCCCGUGCAGUUUCAUCGAAUUUUUGGAGAAAUAUGGAAGUCAAAGUUCUGUUGAAAAGUUCAAACCAACGGACUUCGAUCCUGAAGCUACAAUCGCCAUCCUGAUCGCUACCAGCGGGACCACCGGGUUACCUAAAUGUGCUGCCGCCACUCAGAAGAAUUUCGCUGUCACCGGACCGUACGUAUGGACUCGGUACACCAAGUUCCCAACUCCAACUAAGAUGGUACUGAUAGCAUCACCAGUGCAAUGGAUGACGGCGCAAGUGAUGAUUCUGAUGUCUCCUGUAAUCCGUUUUACCAGACUGCAAUCGUCUCAAUCUUUAACGCAGCGACACACGUAUGAUCUUAUCAACACUUAUAAGCCAACCUAUACUGUAUUUAGUCCAACGUUCAUGACCACGUUGCUGAUACUAGAAGGAGCAGAACAGUGCGAUUUCAGCUGUUUUGAGACCAUCACUAUGGGAGGAGGGAAAGUGUCAGCGGAGCUCGUCGGAGAGGUUAAGAAACUAACACCUAACACAGAAGUGUUGAUCGGGUAUGCAAUAAGCGAGGCAUCAACAAUGGUGUUCGUAAACGACGCGACGAAUGACAGAAAUCCAAUCCUGGGCUCCGUUGGAAAACCCAUAGGGUGCUGGCAGUACAGAUUGAUAGAUGUUCAGACCCAAGAAGACAUAAGCGAAGCAUACAAAAAUGGAGAAAUAUGGUUGAAAGGUCCUGGAAUUGUUAAAGGCUACUAUGAAAACCCAAAGGCAACGGCAGAGGCGUUUACCAAAGAUGGUUGGUUCAAGACUGGCGAUAUGGUAUACAGGGAUGAAAACUACAACUUCUUCUUUGUAGAACGAAUUAAAAUGCUCCUGAAAUAUAUGAACCAUCAGAUCUCGCCACUGGAACUGGAGGCUACAAUACGUCAACACCCGGGGGUGUUGGACGUGGCCGUGACCGGUAUACCGGACAAGCGCGGGGAGCUACCGGUCGCUUGCGUGGUGCGGCGGCCAGGGCAUGACGUCAGUGCCGAGGAGAUCAAACAGCUGGUCAAAGAAAAUUUAUCGGACUCGAAACAGCUAAGGGGAGGCGUACUAUUCUUGGACGCGAUUCCGCAAACGGCAACCACGAAGGUCCACCGAAGAAAACUCAAGGAGAUAGCCUUGAACAUGAUAGCGGAUCAAUAAAUAACAAACCAUUCUUGUUCGCACU